CCGGUGCCCUAGCCAUCGCGGACCCUGGAGGCUGGGCCCCGGGGCAGCAGCAGGCGGCGCGGGACUACGAGCUGCCUCCAGAUUGACGAUGCCAGCACGGACAGAAUAGCUUAUGAUGCUUAUACCCACUCAUCACUUCCGAGACAUUGAACGGAAACCAGAAUACCUCCAGCCAGAGAAGUGUGCCCCACUUCCCUUCCCUGGCCCCGCGGGAACCAUGUGGUUUAUCCCCGAUGGCUGUGGCAUUGCCUGUGCCAUUGUCACCUGGUUUCUGGUCCUCUAUGCAGAGUUUGUAGUCCUCUUUGUCAAGCUGAUUCCAUCCCAAGACUACGCAUACAGUAUCAUCAACGGAAUUGUGUUCAACCUGCUGGCCGCCUUGGCUCUGGCCUCCCAUUGCCGGGCCAUGCUGACGGACCCCGGGGCAGUGCCCAAAGGAAAUGAUAAAGAGUUCAUCGAGAGCCUUCAGCUGAAGCCUAGGCAGGUGGUGUACAAGUGUCCCAAGUGCUGCAGCAUCAAGCCGGACCGGGCACACCACUGCAGUGUUUGUAAGCGGUGCAUUCGCAAAAUGGACCACCACUGUCCUUGGGUCAACAACUGUGUCGGCGAGAACAACCAGAAGUACUUUGUCCUGUUCACAAUGAACAUAGCUCUCAUUUCCUUGCACGCCCUCAUCAUGGUGGGAUUCCACUUCCUGCAUUGCUUUGAAGAAGACUGGACAAAGUGCAGCUCCUUCUCACCGCCCACCACUGUCAUCCUGCUCAUCCUGCUGUGUUUUGAGGCCCCGCUCUUCCUCAUUUUCACAUCAGUGAUGUUUGGGACCCAAGUGCACUCCAUCUGCACAGAUGAGACGGGAAUAGAACAAUUGAAAAAGGAAGAGAAAAGAUGGGCUAAAAAAACAAAGUGGAUGAACAUGAAAGCCGUUUUUGGCCACCCUUUCUCUUUAGGCUGGGCCAGCCCCUUUGCCACACCAGACCAAGGGAAGGCAGACCCGUACAAGUAUGUGGUCUGAAGGACCUUGACCAGCAUUGCCACUCAGACCACAUCACAGCACUCCCAUCCGCUCUCGGGAAUGUUUAGGCCAAAACUCUUAAAACUUUUUUGUCUUCAAAAAAAUGGCUGAGCAUUGCAGAGAAAAAAAAAA